UCCCUGCCCGCCCCCUCCCCGCCUCCCUGCGGACCCCUCAGUCUCAGGCCCGGCUCCCCGCCUGACUCGCGCCCGGCCCGCAGCAGCUCGCUGUCGUCCCGGCCCGCACUGCGGCCCCGCCGCCGCCACCAUGUCCCUGCACGGCAAACGGAAGGAGAUCUACAAGUAUGAAGCGCCUUGGACCGUCUACGCCAUGAACUGGAGCGUGCGGCCCGACAAGCGCUUUCGUCUGGCGCUGGGCAGCUUCGUGGAGGAGUACAACAACAAGGUUCAGCUUGUUGGUUUAGAUGAAGAGAGUUCGGAGUUUAUUUGCCGAAACACCUUUGAUCAUCCGUACCCCACUACAAAGCUCAUGUGGAUCCCUGAUACAAAAGGCGUCUAUCCAGACCUACUGGCAACAAGUGGUGACUAUCUCCGUGUGUGGAGGGUUGGUGAGACAGAAACCCGGCUGGAAUGUUUGCUAAACAACAACAAGAACUCAGAUUUCUGUGCUCCUCUAACCUCCUUUGAUUGGAAUGAAGUGGAUCCUUAUCUGUUAGGUACCUCCAGCAUUGAUACGACUUGUACCAUCUGGGGGCUGGAGACAGGGCAGGUGUUGGGGCGAGUGAAUCUUGUGUCUGGUCAUGUGAAGACCCAACUGAUCGCGCAUGACAAGGAGGUCUAUGAUAUUGCAUUUAGUCGGGCUGGGGGUGGCAGGGACAUGUUUGCCUCUGUGGGCGCUGAUGGCUCGGUGCGGAUGUUUGACCUCCGCCAUCUAGAACACAGCACCAUCAUUUAUGAAGACCCACAGCAUCACCCACUGCUUCGCCUCUGCUGGAACAAGCAGGACCCUAACUACCUGGCCACUAUGGCCAUGGAUGGAAUGGAGGUAGUGAUUCUGGAUGUCCGAGUUCCCUGCACACCUGUUGCCAGGUUGAACAACCACCGAGCGUGUGUCAAUGGCAUUGCUUGGGCCCCGCACUCGUCCUGCCACAUCUGUACUGCAGCGGAUGAUCACCAGGCUCUCAUUUGGGACAUCCAGCAAAUGCCCCGGGCCAUCGAGGACCCUAUCCUGGCCUAUACAGCUGAAGGAGAGAUCAACAACGUGCAAUGGGCAUCGACUCAGCCCGACUGGAUUGCCAUCUGCUAUAACAACUGCCUGGAGAUACUCAGAGUGUAGCGUUGGCAGCGCCUUGCCCACGAGGCGGGGGCUUGUGUGUUUCCUGCCUCUGCCCCAUCCCCAAAGUAAGAAGAAACGUGUUUCUGGUGGCCAGUAUGUCUCUCAUUGCUUUGCACCACUGUUACCAGAAGCUGCUCUAGGAGUUCCUGGUCAGUCAUCCCAUCACUGUCUGUGCCAGGCUCAGUGCUGUGUGGCACCUCCUCAGCCCAGGGCUGAGUUUUAAGAUUUUCUCUCCUUUUCUCUUCUCCUUUGGUUCCUCCAUUAAAAUUUUAUGUAUAUUUGUUUGUCAGCUGUUGUGUUAAUAAGCAUUGCAGGCACCGGCUAUGUUUGUAUUCAUCUGCCCCAGAUGUCUCUUACCUGUCUGCUGCCCAAGGCAGCAAUCUUGUGUCCAUGUCAUGUCAGUACUUAAGUGGGAACAAAUACCAAUCUGGAGUUGUCUUUCUUCCUAUUAUCAAUGUCUUUAACAAAUUUCAACUUUGUAUAUUUUUUACCUAUCAGGCUAAUUUUUUUAUGAAAAGAAUUUUACUCUUCCUGGUUUCUUUGUUUGUCUCCUAUUCCACCCCAUUAGCACUUCCUCUCUGCCCUCAGUGCCUGGAUCUAGCACUGGGCUCUCGACCCCAUGAGCAGUUUGCCUUCUUGAAUCACUGCCUGAGUGCAACAUACCUGACCAGGAGUCCCAGACCGCCUUGGUGCUCUGAAGUGGGCCAGUCUUCUCACUUUUUCUCAGCCUGGCUCUUCUCAAGGGCAUUCUGGGCUCCAAAACAGACACGUGAAGCCUCCGGUUCCUUCCUGAAGCACCUUUGUUCGACCCCACCAGGACCUACAGGGCAUGUGUUAGAGUUGAGAGAGACAGCGUGCCUGACUUGGAGGGAAUAGCUUCAGAAAAGCUGAGCUCAGAGUGUAUUUCCAGUACAUCAUUUCCGAGUCUGUUUUUCCCUCUGGGUGUAAUCCCCAGGCCAUUUACUUUCAUGUCUUGAAUGAUAGGCAAGCACAAUCUGUACGCUGAACCUUAGUAUCUCUGUUUGGUUAGUUUACUAUGACUGAUGGUUGACCGCUCUUUGAGUGAGAGAGUCCUGCUUGAGAGACUUGUAGUCUGUUUGUCUGAUUCUGAACAAGAUCUCCUUGAGAGUGUGGGGGACUGUCAGCUCCUGGAAGGAGUGGCCUGAUGGGCUGCGAUAAUCCCAGGCCAUCAAGUAUAUAGAUAGCUAUAGGGCCAGCCAAUCAUUGCACACCUGUCAACCACCUCCCCCCGGCCCCCAUUAUUAGGCUCUGAGCAGUAUUGGACUUGCAGGCUGCAGUGUCUGUUUCCGUUACAUGAAUGAGUUUCACACAGGGGGCUUGUGUGUGAUUCCAGUGGUAGAUGAGUCUUUGGGCUGGCAGGGUUUGGGACAUGCUUAGAGUCUUGGGGGACUUUGGUCUGUCGCAUUCUGCCAUAGGGUUUUGAGCCCCUCUGGACUGUGCAGCUGUUAGGUAGGAGAAUAGCAGACCUUGAGGCUGGUGGUUUUGUCCACUUGGGUUCUCAUCUGCUCUUGAGAAACAUAACAAUUUUGUUCUCCUGGGCCCUUAAACUCUUGGCUGAGUCUCCUUUUCCAGAGCAGAUGUAUUUUUAUCUGCAAAGUUACAGUUCUUUGCUUUACUACACAGGCACCUGUCCAAAGAAAAAGGCUCUCUUCUUAGUGUAUUCUCCCUUCUACUUUUUCACUUUCUUAUUCUGAUUUUGAGGCUCUUUAGCUGGUCAUCCACUUGAGGUUGACUUUCCUGCAUUUACUACCACAGUUGCACUGUGUCGUUCAGCAGUGUAAAGUGAGCAGUUCUUGGUUAGAACCCUCCUCUGCUUGUAAUUGUAUUGGUGGUUUGAGGGUCCUUCUCUUAAGGGUGGCAAGUCUAAAUUGAUGGUUGGUCGCUCUAGGAGGCCAUUAGGUUCUUCCCCUGGAAAGCAGUCUGAAAUGGAGGUCAGAGUGGUAGGAGGGGCUGGUCCUGCUAGGGCAGGAUUUAACUGCACUGAGUUCUUAGUUAAGAUUCCUUUCCUGAGCUACACUUAAACAUGGUCUGAAUGGUGAGAAGAUUUGUCAACUGGAACUGGAAAAUAAUCAGGGGGAAUAAAUAGUAGUAAUUAGAAUAUAUUUGCAUAAAGUUGCUAUUUACUAUGGAACCAACAACUUUUGGUGUUUUUUUCUUUGCCCUAUGGGCUCUCAGACCUCUCCACCCCUCCCUAGGAUGAGGUGGUCCUCCUUCUGGGCAUCUGCCUGCGGCCCGGUUGAGACUCCCCAGUCUCCUCGAGCAAACACACUUACAGCUGCUGAGAUGCUGGUAUUUUGAAGUCCCGGCUACCUUAGCCUCUGUUUAUACCAUAGGCCAGGUGGCCUCAUGGUGGAGGAGGAGAUUUCUAUAUUCUCAAGACUGAGAAAGCCUCCUAGCCAGACAUCCUCUGAGAAGCAGAAAUCUGUUGUAGUUUCAAAAGCAAGUAUCUGUUUAAUUUGUUUAGGUUUUCAAAUUGACACCCAGAAAGAAUGGGUGGGAGGCUCUGGAUCUGCUCUCCCUGACUGUGAGAAGAGCAGUGGCCAGGACUCCCCUACAAAGGCCACGUGGCAGCAAGCCUGGGCUCUGGCUCUCCCAGUAGAGGUGGCCCUUCCUGCCCCCUGGACCAAAGCUGUCUUUGUUUUCCUUGUCUGCUUUGAGGGGAGGAAGAGGUACUGAAGAAAUUCGGCUUCAGGUUCCACAUCAGAGAACUGGUGAAUGGGUACAAGUCCUUCAGGGGCUUGAGUAUUUACAGCCAAAAGAGUUGGAACCCUCUCCUAGGAAGGAAUGAAACUGCCUCUGGGCUUGAAGAGGGGAGAUACUUGAUAAAUGGGUGAGAAUUUAUCAGAACUGGGAUCAGCUCUCAAAGAGAACUGGUUAAGAUCUGGUAGAAAACAGAAAAAAAAAAAAUAGACUCCUGCAAGGUUUUGAUGAAAGUUUUGGCUGAAAUUUUCAGAGAUUUAGAAUAUAGGAGAAAGUCAAUGGUUUCUUUAGAUCAAGGGAUAAAAUAUUAGAAGGCAUGAAAGGUCUGGGGUGGCCCUGGAAUGAGUCUGCGCCCUCAGCCUGUAUCAGCUUUUUUGGACCAUUCAUCAGAUAUCUGUGACAGUGGGUAACCAUGGGGACACAAUGCCAGCUUGGGCAGAGGAGUCCCUUCCUGCAGCAGUGCACCCGUAGGUGAUGUUUGGUGGCAACAGUCCGCAGGUUUUGGAAGCCCUGUGACCAUUCCAGAUCAUGGCUCUUCUUGGUUGUAGGUUUGUACAGAGCAGAGGAAGCAAAGGUUUAUAAACAAUCCUGACAACUUUCCUCCCCUCCCUUUUCUUUUCUCUUUCUCUGGCCUUGCUACCAUAGAAUGUUCUCCCUGCUGCAGCUUGGGCCUCAAGUCUGAGGCGGUAUGGACAGGUGGGAGCUGCAGGGUAUACCACACAUGUACAAUCCUGCCACCUUCCCCAGUUUGAGAAUAUGGCAGCUUCUUUGCCUGGCUGGCUUGGAGUAAGGGAGACCAUUCGAGUAGAUGCCUCUCAGAGCAGAUGCUUCCCUCUAUUCUCUGCACUCCAGGAUGAGGAAGGAAGGUCGUGCCCGGCACUUAGGUUGGGAUUUCCCAGGGAGGAGAACUGAGCUGAGCUGAGCGUCACUGUGACCCUGGAUGAGGUUCUCCAUACUGCCUGGGCCAUCUGCCCAGUGUCUCUAUUGCAGAGAGUUGCCUGCCUCUCCCACUUGCACCCUCCUCUUCUCCCACCGUUGUCAUUGCUGCUGGCUCUCAAAGUCAAAGAUGUGACUACACAGUACAGGCCCGGUCCUUUCAGGCUACUUUGUGGAUAUUAUUUUUUAGGUAUGGAAACAUGCAGGUGCCUUCUCAAAGAGGCUUGGGCUGGUGUGUCAAACCAGAAACAAAUAAGCUAGUGAAAGUAAGAACUCAAGAAGAAAGGUGUUGGCAGUCUGUGUAACAGACACCUAACAAGGACCCACCUUGUGGACAACUCAGUGGAGAUGGACUUGAGGUGUCUGCUAUUAAGAGAAAUGCUCUCACCUGGGGUUGGUUGUGGUAAUCCAGUGUGCAACAAAACUUGUUGAGCUAAGGUUUUGACUUGCUUGAGUUGAGUAUGAAUCAUUUGCUUUGGUUCCUGUGUAUUUUAUGACCCUGUUGGUGACUUUCCCCCCAUCUCCUCCCGAGUGUGAACUUGUAGCAUGAUUGUACAAACCUCUGUGUAGAAAAUGGAGAUUUCUUGUUCUCCGAGAUGUUAAGCUCUAGCCAAUCAAUUCUGUCCUCUUUAGCCUAGUUCGUCUGAACUUAAUUUCUUGUUAUAUAUUUAAGCUUUUCCUCUACACUCUAGGCUUUGUGACCUCCCAUGGUCAGGUGGAGAGGAAGCUGCCCCCUUGCAGAACUGUACUAUCACCAUUUUUCUUUUUAAAAAUUAUUAUCACAGGACUGAUUGUACACAGGGCUUGUAAUAAAAUGUUAACACUGUGCUGUGAAA